AUGUCUCCCUCAACUGCUUCCCAGUCGUCUGUUAAUAUCAAAGUCAAGGUUCCCCGCCAUAACACUCAGCGCGUUGGAACCAAGUUUGCCUCUCACAUUGAAGCUGUCGCAAAAACCCAGAGCGUCCGAGUCCAAACCUACUAUCCGACGAAUAACGCACUCUCACAGGCCAUCGAGUCUGCGUCCGAAUGGAACUCCCUUCUGGCUACCGCUCGUGCCGACCGCGGACCCCAAUGGGAUGUAGGGACACAAAUGUUCCACGUCGACCAAGGUUCCGAACUUUACUAUGACCCAACACCCCUUCUCGAAGUCAUUCGCGAGAAUGACCCUCGCGCUGACCAAGACCGCGCUCAGCGAGAGCGGGAGCGGGAACGGGAACGGGCCCAGGCGGAACGCUCGCCUCGCAUGACGCGGUCGCAUUCGUCCCAACAACCACUCACACCUCAACAUCAUGCUCCUCACCACCCUGGGCAUCUUGCCCAUGUACCACCCCAUCACGCUCCCCACACGCCACACACGCCGCAUCAUCCGAGUCAGCAGCCUGGGGGAGGGUUCUCCAAUGCACCUUUUAGCCCUGUGUCAGCAGGCCAUUUCUACAGUGACCCGUCCCGCGGAGCAAUGGGCAACAUGGGUAUAGGUGGAGUGAUUAAUAUGGGUGGCGGACCCAUGGGAGUGAGCUUGAAUGCAGGCGGCGGAGGUGGCGGAAUG